AUGGCUGCUGUCCCGGACAAAUAUUUCUUUGCUGGAUAUCUAGGAUACUAUACUGAUGGAGAAAUCUUUUUGAAUAUCAUUGGAUUAGGAACAAUCAACAAUCUGUCAUUUUCGGUACGCGAGAGCAGACUAAAAAAACGUGGAAUCAAACUGGGUGACUUCUUGUCCGCUUCUGUUCCCAUGGGAAAACCAGUUGAGAAUUUCGACAAAGUGAACUACAAGUUCACAGUGAAUGUGGAUGGGAAUACGGCAACGAUUGAAGACCAAGAAGCUGAUUUAGAGAAAAACGAGGAUGAAGUUUUGGUUUCCCGAGUGAAAGCUUUCGGAUCUGUCAGAUCGAUAAAACAGAAUAUUCCAGUUGGGAAAUAUCGAAUCAACAUCAGGGCGUAA